AUGUUGGAUGAUACUUACAGGAGGGAACAGCAACUGAAACAUUCAAAACACGUGUGAACUGUUUCUCUUAAGUUGGAUUUGUUGUCACUGAAAAAACUCACCUUCACUUGCUCAAACAAAUGGCUUCAUUGAAACUUCCAGAGGUUGUUCCUUCUCCUACCCAAGACAGUGAACGACUCAGAAACGCUUUCCAAGGAUUUGGGACUGAAGAGAAAGCGAUAAUAUUGGUAUUGGGACACAGGAAUGCUCAACGAAGGAAGGAAAUCAAAGAAACUUAUCAACAGCUUUACAAUGAGUCACUCAUUGAUCGUCUCCAUUCUGAACUGUCUGGUGAUUUUAGAAAUGCUGUGAUUCUCUGGACUUAUGAUCCUGCAGAAAGGCAUGCAAGACUAGCAAAGGAUGCAUUGAAGACUAAGAGGAAGGGGAUUAAACACCUUCAGGUUUUGGUUGAAAUAGCAUGUGCAUCAACUCCUAACCAUUUGGUGGCUGUGAGGCAGGCUUACUGCUCUCUCUUUGAUUGCUCACUUGAGGAGGACAUCAUAGCCUCUGUUGCUCCACCCCUUAGAAAGCUUUUAGUGAGCCUAGUAAGCUCAUACAGGUAUGAUAAAGUAGCUGUAAAUUUGGAGGUUGCCAAGUCAGAGGCAUCAAAACUACAUGAAGCUAUCAACAGCAAGCAAUUGGAUGAUGAUCAUAUUGUUUGGAUACUUAGCACCAGGAAUCUUUUCCAGCUCCGGGAAACUUUUGCAUGCUACAAGAACCUCUACAAGAAUACAUUGGAACAGGGCAUAAAAAAUUGUGGUAAUGGUGAUUUGGAAUCUCUCUUACAUGUGGUAAUAUGGUGUAUAGACAGCCCCGAGAAACAUUUUUCAAAGGUUGUAAGAGAUUCUAUUCUUGGGUUUGGAACCGAUGAAGAUUCACUCAACAGAGCAAUUAUAACUCGAGCUGAAAUCGACCUGUUGAAAGUGAGAUUCGAAUAUAGCAACAUGUACAAGUCGAGUCUUGAUGAUGAUGUUGUUGGGGACACCUCAGGGGACUACAGAGAUUUUUUGAUGACUUUGUUAGGGAAAGGUCCCAAUGAAGAGUGACACAUUAUAACCAACUAGCACCUCUCAUGGUGUUCUGGGAUUGCUUGUAAUCUGAAUUUGAUGGUCUAGACUUUGUAACAUAUAUGUUGCUCCUUUUUAUUUCACAAGAACCAGAAUUCAAGAUUGAAAUCAAAACCAUUUGUUUGUUAUUCUGCAUUGACUUUGUGUAAAUUAAUUGUACCUUGGUGUCUUCUCCAAAAUAAACCGAAUGAACUUGGUGUAUAGUAAUUAAAUAACAAGAUAUUUAUGAUGUGAAACAUA